GACUCCGGGGGUGGGCACGCCGAGAGAUGACGCCACUACCGGCGCGCGGAGAAAGGUCGGUACCGCUGAGGCGGGGUGGUGGAGUUCGGGACCCGCAGAACCGGGUCAGUUGCCGGGCUUUGCCGGGCUCUCUCCGGGUCAGUUGCCGGGCUCUCCCCAGCAGCUGCCCCACCAUGACCAGGUGGGCUCGCCGGAGCGGCGGUUCCGGCGAAAAGGCGCUGAAUGCCACCCCUUGGGAGGAGAUGGUGAGCGGCCCCGAAGGUUCUCAGGGCCGGUCCGGCGCUCUCUCCCUGAAGAAGGAGGAAGAGAGGAGGAAGAAGAAGAGUAAGAAGAAAAAGGAGUAUCUGAACGAAGACGUUAACGGGUUCGCGGCGUACCUGCAGCAGAGUUCGCGGGGCGGGGAGGUAUCUGAGGCGGCCAGCGCUGAGCUGGAGGUGGCCAUAGCCCUGAGGAAGGAGAAGCGGCGAGAGGACAGGAGGCUGAAGAGGCAAGAGAAGAAGAAAAACGCCAUGGUGUGCUUCCACUGUAGAGAACCUGGUCAUGGUGUUGCUGAUUGUCCUGCUGUACUUGCAAGUGAAGAAAUGGGCACAGGAAUCUGUUACCGGUGUGGCUCCACAGAACAUGACAUCAGCAAAUGCAAAGCAAAAGUAGACCCAGCUGUUGGGGCAUUUCCAUAUGCUAAAUGUUUCAUCUGCGGUGAGAUGGGGCAUCUUUCAAGGUCAUGUCCAGAUAAUCCCAAGGGACUGUAUGCUGAAGGUGGUGGCUGCAGACUUUGUGGCUCUGUGGAGCACUUCAGAAAAGACUGCCCAGAAAAACAGAAUGCAGAUCAGGUGACAGUGGGGCGAUGGGCUACUGGAAUGAGUGCAGAUUAUGAAGAAAUUACAGACACACUGAAGCUGCAGAAACCCAAACUGAAAGUACCCAAAAUUGUUACUUUUUGAAGAUUCUUGAUUCUAAACCACAGUUCUAAAGUGCUUCACUCCAGAGUAGUGACUACAUGAAGUGGAAUGCUGGUUCCACAAAGUCGAGCAGACUGAUGCUGCUAAAUUAUUUUUGUCUCUCAUCAUAUUUCCAGUUUACUUCCCAGACUCUCCCAGCUUAAUGAAAAGCUGGUAAGAACAGAAAUACAGCAAGUGGAUAUUAUAUUUUUAUAUAUUUCUGCCAAAAUACUGCAUGACCUCUGAUUGACAUUUCUUCUCACUGCCAGCUCUGUGAAGAGGGAAUUGGCUGCUUCAACAAGAAUCAGGUUGCAGUUGCCAAGGAGGGUUAUGUGCUUUUUAUCAUGGAGGUUUAUGACCACUGGAUAAUGGUGGUUGGGACUGUUGCCUUAAAAGUGCAGCUUGUACAUAUCAGAGAUGAACACAAUCAUGCUGAUCUUUAAGAGUGUUUCUCUGUUUGAAAGGGAUUGUGGGUAUUUUCUAAAAGGUUGUCUUGGUUUCUGGGUUUUGCCUUCUUUUAGGAAGAAUUUAUUUCUUUCUCUGUACGUACCAGCUAUAGCAGUGAAGCUACCAGGUAAAACUUACAGCCUGUAGAGCUUUGUUAUGCAAUUCUUCCUACUCAUGGUAGGUCAGGUAAAAUAUACACAUUCAUUAACCUGGUUGUUUAUAUGUUU